AACCCUAUCGUUCCCAUCUCUUCUCUCUCUCUCUCUCUCUCUCGACAUUGCUCGGUUGCAGACAUGGAUAUUAAAAGAAAGUCAUGCAUUCUAGCAGCGUUCUUUCUUGUAUAUGUUUCAAGGAAAGCCUACUCUGUUCAAGGUGCUAACAGCAAAGCCAAGAAGUCACCCUUUGACGCAGCAAUAACACAUUACUCCAUGUUGUCGCCAUCACCUUCAGGAAAUGAAAGAGCUUUCUGCCAAGCAAGGGGGGCCUGCCGAAGCAAGACGCUUGUGUGUCCAGAUCAAUGCAAGGUGAGGAAGCCCGUGAAAAACAAGAAGCAGAAGGGAUGCUUCAUUAACUGCAGUAGCAAAUGUGAAGUUACUUGCAAGUUUAGAAGACCAAACUGCAAUGGAUAUGGCUCCCUCUGCUAUGAUCCUCGCUUCGUUGGUGGUGACGGAGUGAUGUUCUACUUCCAUGGUGCAAAGGGAGGAAACUUCGCUAUUGUCUCUGAUGAUAACCUCCAAAUCAAUGCACACUUCAUUGGAACUCGACCGAAAGGCAGGACUCGCGAUUUCACUUGGGUGCAAGCCCUCUCCAUCAUGUUCGACACUCAUACACUAGUCAUCGCAGCAAAGCGAGUCUCAAAAUGGGACGAUAACUUCGAUGCUCUCACGGUGAAGUGGAAUGGCCAGACAGUCGACAAUAUUCCCACUGAUGGAGACGCCGAGUGGAGAGCUAACGGCGAAGAAAGAGAGGUGGUGGUGGAACGAACUGAUGAUACUAACACUGUAAGAGUACAAGUUGCCAACCUGGUCGAAUUAAAUAUAAAGGUGAGGCCUAUCGGGAAGGAAGAAAACAGGGCACACAACUACCAGCUACCAGAAAACGAUGCUUUUGCUCAUUUGGAAACACAGUUCAAAUUCUUUAACCUAACAGAUCUCGUCGAAGGUGUCUUGGGAAAGACUUACAGGGCAGGUUAUGUUAGCCCUGUCAAGAUAGGGGUUCCUAUGCCGAUGAUGGGAGGAGAGGACAAGUACCAGACUCCCUCCCUCUACUCCCCUCUUUGCAAUGUUUGCAGGUUUCAACCACAGUCUGGCACCGCAACCAUUUAGGAACAUCCCAAUACUGAUACCAAACUGAAAAAAUAAAAAUUGUAUUCGUACCCUUUUGACUAAAAAUUGUAUGCUGUUUGGUAAGUUUUGUCUUUGGAUUGAAAUGAUAAAUAAUAGCAGGAAAGUUGCUCGUCUUGAAUUUACUAAA